CAAACCUUUUACUCACCUUUAAUCAUAGCCCCUCUCGGAUCAAUCUCUCCUUUUCAUCCUUUCUCUCUAUCCUCAUUAUUGUUCAAAAAAAGAGAGUUAAAAAGCCUAUGUGACAUUGAUUUCUUCAUCAUUAGCAAGAAAAAAGAAUUGAAUUAAACUGAGUUUUAGUUCUGAGAUAAUGGCCAGCAGCUUUUGCUUUCUUGUUGUAGCAACACUCAUUAUGGCUAUAUUCAUUUCAACACCUUUAGUUGUGUCAUUGAGUGUGGAGAUGAAGGUAAUAUCAUCAACCCCAGUAGAGUUUCUUGCAAAUCCACCAGUUCCAGUGCCAGUGGCAUCUCCAUUUUCAGAGAUAUCUCCAGAUAUUGCACCUCUUUUGCCUUCUUCUGGUGGUGUUGUACCUCCAGUUUCUUCUGUGCCAACUAUUCCUUCAAAUCCUAGCAAAAAUCCAGAUGAUAUGAUGUACCCUAUUGGCCCUGAUUCUGCUGCUCUUGCACCUUCUGCUUUUUCACCUAUUUCUUCUGCUGUUUUUUGUGUUUCUCUUACAACCUAUCUGAAUAUUGCAGUGUUUUUAGUAGUCGGCUUAUUUUGUUCGAUUUAGACAUCUGGUAUGUGAAACACACUGAUUCAAUUGGAGGUUCACUGUGGGGUAUUAGCGCUCCCUAAAGUAGUCAGCUCAAUCAUUUGUUAUCUUGAGAAGUAUAGUAUCAUCAACUGCGUUGUUCAGCACUAUAACAUGCAGUUCCAGUCUUGUAUUUAUGUUGCUUCAAUCUGAAAUUCAUUUCUUAUGUAAGGGUAAAUGAUAGUAUAAGCUGACUAAUUGUGUUCA